AUGCCAAUUCAGCGUCAUCUGUUGCAGUCUUGUACCCAGUCGCAGACAGAUAGCGAGUUGCUGACAGAGACUGAGUCUGAGCUGACAGAGACCGAUGUGGAAGGGGAUUCCAUGCUAAAGACAGAAGGCAGCUUCGGAGAACAGGCUUCUGUUAAGGUUGGAAGGAAGAGAGUAAUGUCUGGAUGGGUACCAGAAGAAAAGAAUUGGGAGCAUUGUUUCCAGGCGAUACAGUAUCACAUAGAAAUAGCAAAUCUCUGGUACUGGUCCACAGAGUUCGCUACCAGUCCUAUUUCGGAUGCGACUGAAUUGCGGAAGCCUGACCUUGUCCUCCUGGACUACAAGCUCCGAAAGUUAGAUUCCUCUGAAAAGUCCUGGAAGGACGUUCUCACAGGAAUCAAGAUCACCCAAUCUGAUCUUUCCAGCGAUUACAAGUUUGGUCAGGAGUAUGCGCUGAAGGAUUGUUGGGUCAACGAAGAUGUCAAGAAUGUUGAAAUAGACUUUCUGAAAGCGGUCGAAGGCAUCCAGAAUGUGGUUCAACUCGUCAAAUAUUGGGAUGUGCUUUAUGAUGGGCAGCCCAACUCCACAUCACUCAUUCACAGUCAUUGCCAGACAUUUGCAUUUCAGAAAAGAAUUCAUUGCCGUAUUCUCUUGACACCCUGUGGGCUUCCACUGACACAAUUCAGCGACAUACCUGAGCUUAUUGGGGUUUUUCAUGACCUCCUGAUUGGACCCAAGGGUGCACCGGCCCCCCUGGUUGACAAGCAAGAUUUGGCAUAUGACCCUGUUCAGAGGUGGGGGGACGCCUUUGAGAAUGCGACAUAUGAUGGUCUUGUGUUCAGCAGCAUAUGGAAGCAGGAAUUCAUUCAUGGUCUCACUCAACCCCCCAACAUCACCUCAUACUUCACCCCCCUGCCGCCUCCUCAUUGA